UAGUUGCGAAGAAACGUGGUGUGGCUGGUGGUGUGGAUCAGUCUGCGAUGGCGAUGUUUAUGCCGCACCCCCCCUGGAAUUGGAAUUAGAACGGACAGCACCUCGUUGUAGGAUUAUUUUUGUGGGGAAUAGGAAGAAAGAAAUUGUGUCUGGACGGACCGAGGAGGGUUGGGGUUUUGAGGGUUUGGGAGGGUUUGAAGGGUGUCGUCGAUUGUUUUGAUUGGCUAGUUUGUUUGAGAGAUGGCGCUCAAGUUUUUGAAUAAGAAAGGAUGGCACACGGGGAGUUUAAGGAAUAUCGAAACGGUGUGGAAGGCAGAGCAGAAGCAUGAGAACGAGCAGAAGAAACUCGAGGAGCUCCGCAAGCAGAUUCAGGAUGAGCGUGAGAAGUCGGAGUUUCGUCUCAUGCAAGAGCAAGCCGGCUUGGUCCCAAAGCAGGAGCGGCUGGAGUUUUUGUAUGAUUCUGGUCUUCAGGUUGGAAAGGUUGCUCAAGCAGAUGAAUAUUUGCUAGGAAAACCUGUGGAAGAAGCUGUACAACCUGAAAGUAAUGUUGGACAGGUUGCAGCUAAACCCGGCGCAUUAUUUGUUGAAGAAAAACCUGCCUCAGCAAAUGAUUCGUGGAGGAAGCUGCACUCAGAUCCCCUUUUCGCGAUUAGGCAACGUGAGCAAGAAGCAAUUGCCAAGAUAAAGAGCAAUCCAGUCAAGAUGGCGCAGAUUAAAAAAGCUGCCGAGUUGAAGAAAAAGCUGAAGGAAGAGAAGAAAAAGAAACGUAAAGAGGCUAAGCUGGAGCGCAGAGAAAAGAAGAAACGGAAAAAGCAGCACAGAAGCAGCAGUGAAGACUCCUCUGAUUCAGACGAUCCUCGAAAAGGUAGGAAGCUUGGGCAUGGUUCGGAUGCUGAUGCUGAUGCUGAUGGUGGUCAUACAAGUAGGGCCCGUGUUCUAUCCAGAAGCGUAUCCAGGAGUCCGACCAGCAGUCCCGUUCGAAAUGAUCGUCGCCAAAGCCCAAGGAAAUUGAUUAGUGACCGGAAGUCGAAAGGGUCUGAAGACCAAGAAUUUGAAAAGAGAACGAGAGACCCGUCGAGGAGUCCCAGCAGAAGCCUUACUCGGAGUGCGGCUGUUCAGAGAAGUCCUGUUCGCAGAGAUCGUGAGCAGAGGUUUAACGGGUCUAGAGAUCGUGAUUACGAAAAGAGGAAGAGGGUUCCAUCUAGGAGCCCAUCCAGAAGUCGAAGCAGAAGUCCUGUUAGGAGGGUUCCUCUUCGAAAAGACCGUGACCCGGGUAGAUCGAGUAGAGGCGAUUUUAAUUCCAGAGAUUCUUACACGCGCGAAGGUAGGUAUGGGGAGUACAAGGACAGUGAUCAGAGACAGAAAGGGUCUGAAGAUCGUGAUUAUGGAAAGGGUAAGCGAGUUCAAUCUAGGAGCUUAUCUAGAAGUCCGAGCAGAAAAUCUACACAAAGGGAUUACGACCUAGAUAGAUCGAGGAGAGAUAAUUUCGCUUCUAGGGGUCCUUACUCGGGCGAAGGUAGGUAUUUGGAACACAGGGACAGUGACGGAAGGCUGAAAGGGCCCGAAGAUCGAGAUCAUGUUAAAAGGAAGAGAGUUUCACACAGGAGCCCAUCCAGGAGUCCAAGCAGCAGUCCUGUUCACAGGAGGGAUUACGGUCAGAGUGGAUUAAGAAGAGGUGAAUUUGAUUCUAAGGCUCCUUCUAAAGGUGAUGAAAGAUACAAGGAACUCCAUCUUAGUGAUCAAAGGUCAAAAAGGUACGAAGAUAGAGACACCAAGCUUCCGUACACUAAGGAACCAGAAAGGAAAAUCAAGUCCCCAAGUAAUGGCUCUGUAGAUGAUUUGAGAAACACUAAAUUAGAUGCGAUAGAGAAAAGGCUGGUUGUUGAAGAUCAGGUAGUCGGAAGGAAGGACAUAAAUAGUGAAAACGUUCUCUCAAAGCCAGCGAGUAGAGGAAGACCUCCCAAGCCUGGGCAACUGUCGGAUGCAGAGAGGGCUGCACGAUUGCGGGAGAUGCAAGUUAAUGCUGAUAUUCAUGAGGAGCAGAGGUGGCAACGUUUGAAACGUGCUGCAGACGCAGAUGCUGUCGAAAUUAAGCGUACAAUAAAUGACAAGUCGAAUGAGCAAUUCAUAGCUGAUACGCAGAAAAGUAUGUUUGGAUCAGAGGGAGUGAGUGCUUCCGCAAUCGAAAAGAGUGUAAAAAGGCGGGCACACUUUAUUGAGAGGUCAAGUGCAGAAAACGAGAGAAAUGCUUUCAGAAGGUGAACAAAUGGAUAUAGUGAGAUUUCUCAUUGUGGCACAUUAUUUGUCCCAUGCAAUUUACAUUACAGUACUUGGUUGUGGCAGGGCUGCCCGCCCUACGGAAUAUUGUACUUAAAUCCGCUUUCAUGCAGCGUCGGUGAAAGAUUCCUUUUCUCAAUAUCUUUCAUUAGCUACUUUUGGACUUUUA